CUUUCCAUAUGGGGAUGGGGAAGUCUUGGCCUUGUGCUUUUUCUAGUAACUUUUGGACCCUUCGCUAUAUUUUACUUUGCAUUUUAUUUCCUCUGCUUUGUGGGUGGGGGUUUUGUGGUUACUCUUUUAUUUGGAAAAAGCAACUCAGAAAAAUACCUUGAGCAGUGUGAACAUUCAUUUCUUCCUUGUACAUCAGUUGGGAUCCCUAAGUGCAUAGAAGAAAUGAAACGGGAAGCCAGACCUAUUAAGAUUGACAGAAGACUGACGGGUGCAAAUAUAAUUGAUGAGCCUUUGCAACAAGUAAUCCAGUUUUCCCUGAGAGACUAUGUGCAGUAUUGGUAUUACACACUAAGUGAUGAUGAAUCGUUUCUUCUGGAAGUCAGGCAGGCUCUUCAGUAUGCACUUGUUCAGUUUUCUGCCAGGUCAAAGGAGACAGACUGGCAGCCUUAUUUCACUACACGACUUGUCGAUGACUUUGGCACUCAUCUUCGAGUUUUUAGAAAAGCUCAGCAAAGAAUAGCAGAGAAAGGUGAUCAGAUGAAAGACCAAGCUGAGGAACUUGUAGAUACAUUUUUUGAGGUUGAAGUUGAAAUGGAAAAAGAAGUCUGUCGUGAUCUAGUCUGCACUUCUCCCAAAGAUGAAGAAGGAUUCCUAAGGGAUCUGUGUGAGGUUUUACUGUAUAUAUUGCUACCUCCUGGAGACUUCCAGAACAAGAUCAUGCGAUACUUUGUCAGGGAAAUCCUCUCCCGAGGAAUUCUUCUUCCAUUAAUAAACCAGCUCAGUGAUCCUGAUUAUAUUAAUCAGUAUGUCAUAUGGAUGAUUCGUGAUUCCAACUGUAACUAUGAGGCCUUUAUGAAUAUUAUUAAAUUAAGUGAUAAUAUAGGAGAGUUGGAAGCAGUGAAAGAUAAAGCAAGUGAAGAACUGCAAUAUCUUCGAUCUCUAGAUACAGCAGGAGAUGAUAUCAACACUAUAAAAAAUCAAAUAAACAGUUUAUUAUAUGUUAUUAAAGUAUGUGAUUCAAGAAUUCAGAGGUUGCAGUCAGGAAAAGAAAUAGAUACUGUGAAACUGGCAGCAAACUUUGGAAAACUUUGCACAGUCCCUCUGGACCAUAUUCUGGUAGACAAUGUUGCACUACAGUUUUUUAUGGAUUACAUGCAGCAGACUGGUGGCCAAGCACAUCUGUUUUUCUGGAUGACAGUGGAAGGGUACAGGGUUACGGCACAGCAACAGCUGGAGGUACUUCAAAGCCGUCAAAAAGAUGGAAAACAUCAGACUAAUCAAACCAAGGGUCUAUUAAGAGCAGCUGCGUUUGGAGUUUAUGAGCAAUAUUUAUCAGAAAAGGCGUCUCCGAGAGUUAAUAUUGACGACAAUUUAGUAGCAAAACUGGCAGAGACACUGAACCAUGAGGAUCCAACACCUGAAAUAUUUGAUGACAUUCAGAGAAAGGUGUAUGAAUUGAUGCUGCGAGAUGAAAGAUUCUACCCUUCAUUCAAGCAGAAUGUGUUGUAUGUCCGUAUGUUAGCUGAGCUGGACAUGCUGAAGGAUCCUAGUUUCAGAGGAUCAGAUGAUGGUGAAGGAGAAUCUUUCAAUGGGUCUCCUACUGGCAGUAUAAAUCUGUCCUUAGAUGACCUUUCAAAUGUCCCUUCUGAUGAGACAGUUCAACUCCAUGCAUACAUCUCAGAUACUGUCUAUGCUGACUAUGACCCAUAUGCUGUGGCAGGAGUGUGUAAUGACCACGGCAAGACAUACGCGCUGUACGCUAUCACUGUCCACCGGCGAACUCCCAACAGCGAAGAGACAUGGAAGACAUAUCGACGCUACAGUGACUUCCAUGACUUUCACAUGAGGAUCACUGAGCAGUUUGAAAACCUUGCAAAUAUACUGAAGCUUCCUGGCAAAAAGACAUUUAACAAUAUGGACAGAGAAUUUUUGGAGAAGAGGAAGAAAGAUUUAAAUGCAUAUUUGCAGCUCUUGUUAAAUCCUGAAAUGAUGAAGGCUUCUCCAGCUUUAGCCCAUUAUGUGUAUGACUUCCUGGAGAAUAAAGCCUACAGCAAAGGGAAGGGGGAUUUUGCACGGAAGAUGGACACAUUUGUAAACCCACUGCGUAACUCUAUGAGAAAUGUAUCAAAUGCAGUCAAGUCUCUCCCUGACAGCCUGGCAGAGGGAAUGACUAAAAUGUCAGACAACAUGGGUAAAAUGUCAGAGAGAUUGGGACAAGACAUAAAGCAAUCAUUUUUCAAGGUGCCUCCUUUGAUCCAGAAAACCUAUUCAGAUCCUGACCAUUGCCGUGUUGCAGCACCAAUUGAUGACAAUGUAGAUGACAAUAUUCCGCUGAGAGUAAUGCUCCUCCUCAUGGAUGAAGUCUUUGAUUUAAAGGAAAGAAAUCAGUGGUUGAGAAGAAAUAUAAAAAAUCUGCUCCAGCAACUUAUUAGAGCGACAUACGGUGACACGAUUAAUAGAAAAAUAGUUGAUCAUGUUGAUUGGAUGACAUCUCCUGAGCAAGUAGCAGAUGCGGUGAAACGCUUCAGAGAUGCUUUUUGGCCCAAUGGCAUUUUAGCAGAGACUGUUCCACGGAGGGACAAAGCUAUUAGAAUGAGGACAAGAGUGGCAGGGAAGACCAAAUUACUGGAGGUAAUGCCAGAUGAAUUAAAGCACAUCAUAGGCGCUGAGACGACACGGAAAGGCAUUCUUCGGGUCUUUGAAAUGUUCCAGCACACUCAACUGAAUAAGAGAAUGGUGUAUGUGUUUCUGGAGAGAUUCCUAGAAACCUUGUUUCCACAAAAUAAGUUCCAUGAGCUCUUCAACAAACUGCAUUCACGGUCAAAGCAGAUGCAGAGGUAUAAGCAGAGACUACAUUCUACUCAAGCGCCUUCCUUGCAGAAAAGUUCAACCACUACCAGAAGGGUUUGUGUGUCUUAA